AUGAAGAGGCUGAUCGCUGGCAUGGUGGGUGCACCGCGUGGCGCCGAUCUUUUUGGUGGCGCCGCGGCGUUCCUCCACACAGCAAAUCUUCUGGACCCCGUCCUGCGUGAUAGCACCGCUGCGGCAACGCGAGCGCCUCGUCGAAGCCUCUCGUCUUCGUCAUCGUCGUCGUCCUCUGCUUUCAGUGGCUCUCCCCGUUGCGGCAGCGCUGACGCAAGCGUCGUGAAAGGCGUUUUGGGUAGGCUGAGACAGCUCUACCUCGACUUCCAGAUCUAUCGUGGCCGCCAGCUGGACGCUGCGGCGGCCGUCGAGCAGCGCCGCCAUGGGGACAGCGACGACGCCGCUUUCUCCACCGCUGCAGCUGCAGCCAAAGCGAAAAAGCAUGGCGACCAGGCCGGUGACGCGCAGGCUCGCGGGCGCUGCUCGCCGCUGAUCUCGCGCAAUGCCGCCCUGUGCCCACGCAGCGUUCUUUUCGUUCCAGGCUCGAAGCCGCGCGCCUUGGCCAAAAUUCCGACGCUGCCGGCGGAUUGCUUCAUCCUUGAUCUCGAGGACAGCGUCGGGGUAGCGUCGAAGCGGCGGGCGCGCGAGAACAUUCAGGCUUUUGUCGACGACCUGCAGAAGGAGCAGCGCACACAGCGCGGCGCCCAGGCUACCACCGGCACCGCUGGGGGUGGUGAGGCUGCUGCCGAGGCGGGCGACGCCUAUCCCCGCCUGAUUGUCCGCAUCAACUCACCGGACUACGACCCGGUGACGGCGAUGCUGGACUUGCAGCUGGUAGGCCUGCUGGGCCCCGCUAUUGAAGGCAUUGCGUUACCGAAGACGACCGUGCGCACGCAUCAGCUCAUCAAGGACUACGUGUACCCGUCUCAUCAGCUGUGGGCCUUCUUCGAAUCGCCGCUCUCCGUCAUGCAGGCACCCCUUAUCUGCGGACAGCAGGUGUAUCGGUACGCCGUCAUGGGGUACAACGACCUAAGUGCCGAGCUGCAGCUGCCCAUGGCCACACCCCCGACUCUGCCGGGCGCCACCGACGGCGACCCCGUUAGCGAGGACGUCAAGGGGUCGCUGCACAUUGCGGCGCGGCUGCCGUUGUGGCAGAGCACCGUGCAGGUGCUGCUGGCCGCUCGUGCGCAUCACAUGUUUGUCAUCGAUGCUGUCUUCAACGACCCCACUGACAAGGCCGGCUUCCGCCGCAGCCUGCAGGAGUGUCGUCUCCUAGGUUUGGAUGGCAAAACACUCAUCCACCCGGGACAGAUUGAGCCCACCAACGCGGCAUACACACCAGCGGAGGCGGAGGUGGCAUGGGCGCAGCGCAUCGUCGAGGCGGUGGAGCGCUCUGGGGGCGAUGUGACCACAGUGGACGGCGCUAUGGCGGAGGACUUGCACCAGCGGCAGGCAAGACAUGUUCUUGCGUUGCAUCGAAGCGCUGAGCUGGAGAAGACGCUCCGAAAGUCCGAGGCGCCGCAAGGUACCGCUGGGAUCGGCGUCUCUAAGGAAGCCGCGGAGGGCACCACAGUGACUGGGGUGGCUGGAGGCGAUUCCAACGAGACUGGCCGCCAGCCUCGCCGCACUCCCUCCCGGCAUCGUUAUGUGAGCUGA